AUGCGGGAGAGAAUCUCUCGCGCGCGCGCGGGCGUGAACGCCGCGGUCGACGCCGUUGCGUCGACGGUGCGGAAUCGUCCAGAGCUCGUGGUGUGCGCGGUGUGCGUGUGCGUCGCGUCCGUACUGAACCCGACGAGCGAGAGCUUUCACCGGUACUGCGUCUCGAACGCGCGAGACGUCGUCGCGAACGCGCGCGCGAGCGGGACGUCGUCAUGGGCGUGCUCAAACGGAGGGGCGUUACGGGCGACGGGGCUUCGAGCCAAAGCGUACGAGACGAGUGAUUUAUUUGCCUUCUCCGUGGUGCGCGCCAAUUCGGGGAAACAUUUCAUCGGCAUUCUAGGGACGUGGAUUCGAGUUCCUGAGAUUCUCAAUCUACUUCCAGCGAUCGUCGUGCACGUUUACCGCGUGCACGUCACCGCGCUCUCCGUGGUGACUUUGGGUGCGCUCGCGAUCGGUGCGCCUCUCUGGUCGAUCGCUCUCUGCGCGGUGGCCUGGGGAUGGCUAUUCAAGACGGGUAGAUCGACCCGAGGCGCCGUCGCGCGCGAGGACGUCGUUUCACCGCCGUCGUCCCCCUCUCCACCCUCGUCGUCGCGCGUGCGUGAUCCAACCACGGCGUCGUCGCUCAGUCGGAGCGCCAACGCGCGGUCGAUCCGGCGAGCGAAUCCACUCGCGAGCGCCUGCGUCGUCGUCGCGUUCGUCGUCGCGUUCGUCGUCCCGUUCGUCGUCGCGAGCGGCCUAAUGCUCGUCAUGCUCGUCGACGUCGUCGCGUUCGUCGUCCUGGUCGUCAACAUCGUGAAAGAUGUAUGGAAUGUUGAAAAUGCCGGUGCAUUCAUCGGUACCGUGCUGACCGUUGGUGCCGUAGGGACGUACAUUGGCGUAUCGGAGUUAGUCUGGCUCGGUCGCGUCGCCGUAGUGAUCGCAGAUGCUUCUAUCAGAGCCGCAGAGCUCGGUAAUCGUGAAGAUUCGGCGCACGCACCGGGUGCUUUUGAAGAUUCGGCGCACGCACCGGGUGCUUUAUGA